CAUCAUCAGUCCGCGUCGGAAAGUUGCCCGCGACGCUCGUCUGCGAGCUCGAUCCCUCAGAUACGCUGCUGGUUUACGGCGUUCCGUAACACGACACGUUUGGAGGGACCGCCGCUGCUACGCGUGUGCUUGGUGCUCUGUAAACACUGGAUUUUGUGCUACUAGUGUUGUGAAGAUGAACAAGUGCUGAAUUCUCCGGCCUCCGUCUUCCUAGGAUUUGACGACGCAACCAGUUCCGGAUCAGCUCAGCCGAUUAUCGUAAUGAAAGUAGUCAGUUUACAAUUACCGUCGGGGCCAAGCAUGGAGCGGCUGCCGCUACCAUUUAGCCCGACAGAAUUACUGUGGCGGUAUCCAUUGCCAUGGGCUCCGCCGCCUCCUUCUCCGUUGGGCGACACAAAGGCACAGCUUCCUGCUGGCCUACCUCCAGAACCAAGGUUAUGGACCAGAGAAGAUGUCGCAGUUUUCCUCAAAUGGUGUGAAAGAGAAUUCGACCUACCCAAUUUUGAUAUGGAUCUAUUUCAAAUGAAUGGUAAAGCAUUGUGCCUUUUGACUAAAACCGACUUAGGAGAACGUUGCCCCGGCGCUGGCGACGUAUUGCACAAUGUACUACAAAUGUUAGUGCGUGAUGCGGUGCUUCUAGGAAGAGUGCCUUCUUCACCUGUAACACCUACAGCGCGCGCUGCUCCCUACCCACCAUCACCGCAUUCACAUCCACCUACCCCGACUUGGGCAGUCGAUGGAUUCCAUCACUUUCACAGUGCAGCUGCAGCUGCGGCUCAGCCUAACUCCGUAACUUUAAGUCCUGCGCCGUCAGUUGACAGUUCUGGAAGUCCACAACGUGGUGAAGCAGUAAAUUAUGGCCCAACAUAUGCACCCUCAGUUACUGCGCCAAUCCAAGCAGCCAGUUCCGGAAGUAACCAUUCGGAUUCAGAUGAAGAAGCACAAUUUGCGCCGCCUCCGCGCUCUCCUAAAGACGCUCCAUUAGUGAGCCCUGCACCACAAAAUCAUCCAGCGCAACAUUCUCACUACCGUACUCAACAUAGGGAAUUUUUCCCAAACGAUAUGCCAGAGUCAAAUACAAAUGGUAGGCUAUUAUGGGACUUUUUACAACAAUUACUGAAUGAUCCAACACAGCGAUACACUAAUUACAUUGCUUGGAAGAACCGAGAAACUGGAGUGUUCAAAAUCGUAGAUCCAGCGGGAUUGGCAAAACUCUGGGGUAUCCAGAAAAAUCAUCUUUCAAUGAAUUACGAUAAAAUGUCACGAGCUCUUAGAUACUAUUAUCGUGUAAACAUUCUACGAAAAGUUCAAGGAGAAAGACAUUGCUACCAAUUCUUGAGGAACCCUACAGAAUUAAAAAAUAUUAAGAACAUUUCUUUAUUGAGACAACAAAUGAGCCCCACUAGGGUGGCACCCCAACCAAUAGUAAAAACAGAGAUGAAAGAAGAACGUUGCGAAGAGGAAGCCGCAGAUGAAGAUAUGCCUACCGAUCUGAGCAUGGCUGCAUCGGAGCCGUGGCGGAAACGUGCUCGAGUUGACCAGAACUCGGUGACGCCAUCCCACGACAAACACCGCAUUAGUGCUCUUAUUGGUGACAAUAUGAUGCUUAAACGUGAAUCAGAUUACAGUAGUGAUCAUUACGCACUUAACCUUAAAAGUGAAAAAUGUGAACAAUGAUUAGAUUUAAUUACAUAUAACGAACGCAGGACACUUUUAGUGCAAAGCGCUUUGGACCUUACUUGAAGCCAGCUCCACCCACUAAAAUUCUAGUCAAAUUCCUCUCAGGAAGGAUUACUGAUGUCUUCCUAAAUUUAUAUUUUGAUUUUAAUCUAAAGAAAUGCCGAUCGAGCGAGAGCGAGAGAUCGAACACUGAGAGUAUUUUGACAGAUAAAUUGGAGUUCAACAGGGUAUGGAUAUAAUAGACCUUACCUAAACGAUGCCUUUGUGCCAAGUGAUUUUAUCAAUAGUGUCAAUUACGUGAAUAGUUAGCAAAAAGGAACAGAGUUUAUGUGUGUUGAAGUCAUAGAGACUAUUUUAAAACAGUGCAAUGGAACAUUUGACUGCUAAGCUGACUGAUUCUGCUGUGCAGUCAGGUGUUAAUGUUGCCAAAAGAAAUAUAUCAGAAUGUGCGUGAUUACCUGCGCGAUCAUUAAUGCAUUUUGUAAUUUAAUUAGUUGUAUAAUGUAUAUGAUAUUUGUAAUUUGCUAAAAAGAGUUCAUAUCAGUUGAGAUUUUAACUUAAUAUUUUAUUUCAACAGAACACAAAAAAAUAUCAAUAUUUAAAAAAAAAACAUUGUCUUCCAUUGAUUCUUUUUGGCAAAACAAUUUCAAUUGUAGCAAGAUUUUUUAAAGGCUUCAUCUAGCACGUGGAUUGGAUAUUAAUGCCAAGUAAAAUCGGGCAGCUAUAAAAUUAUAUUUUAUUUCAAAAGUUUGUUAAAAAGUUUUAAACCUAAUUUAAACAUUCUCCUUGACAAGAGACAAUAACUUUUAACAAAAUUAUAUACAAUUGCCUUGAAAAUCAAAAGUAUGUCCACUGUGAUAAAAAUGAAGUGGUAGAAAUAUAGAGUACGCUAGGGCUUUACUCAAAGAUUUCCAGCUACAAUUUUCUGUGAUCUCUUUUAUCAAUAUAGGUAAAUGUCAUAGAGAAUAAAUAUAAGUAUAGUUUUUUGUAAAUAAUAGAAUUUAAGAAUAAAUAAGUUAGAUUUAAUAAAACAGACUGUAAAGAGAGUGUAUGUAUGAUUUGUAAAACAAAGUGGAGCUUUAUCAAAGUACCUAGUAUAUUAGUAAGUACUAUUACAACUGAGUUUGUAUUUUUACAAUUAUUUCUAUGUUGACAUACCUAAACGUGUCAUUAUUUCCAACUUGUUGUACGCAAUAUAAAAAUGUUUCACAUUAACAUUGUGUCAGAAUUAUUAUAAUUUAAAAUAAAAGAAAAUAAUGUUAAUUA